AUGGAAUCCGUAUUUACCUCCUCCAUCGAGCCCAAGACAGCGGCGAUUGUAGCCACAACCGUCGUCGCGACGCUGUCCUUCCUGUCUCUUGCGCGGCUUGGCCUCUACCCAAAUUGGGGCACCGCGAUCCCUAACCCUCUUAAGACCAAGAUCUCCGCACUCACAAGCGAUGAGGUCAAGAAGCUUGCCUACCGUCCGGACCACUUCCCCGGGGCUCGAGACGUGGAUACACCAUAUGGCACAAUCCGCGUCUACGAAUGGGGUUCAACCACCGGCCCCAAGGUACUCCUCAUCCACGGCAUCAGCACAUCCUGCAUGACCCUCGGCCCCAUCGCGCACGCCCUCGCCGCCCGCGGUUGCCGCGUCAUGCUCUUCGACCUCUUCGGCCGUGGCUUCUCCGAUGGCGUCGGCGACCUCCCCCACGACACCCGCCUGUACACCACCCAGGUCCUGCUCGCCCUCGCCUCCUCCCCGCUGGCCUGGUCCGGCACCGACGCGGUCCGCGUCGUGGGCUACUCCCUGGGCGGCGCCGUCGCCGCCUCCUUCGCUGCCGCGUUCCCGCAUAUGGUCGAGAGCCUCGUCCUGCUCGCCCCCGCGGGCCUCAUCCGUGCCGAGAACUUUGGCGUCCUCGCGCAGGUCACAUUUCGCUCCGGUCUCGUGCCCGAGCGCAUCCUCGCCGCCGUCACGAGGAAGAGGCUGCAGAAGCCGCUGGCUAGCAAGCGCUCCAAUGCCGUCGAGGACGACGAGGACCCGGUCGAGAAGGUCAUUGACGUCGCGGCGGCCGAGGUGUCUGGCCCGCGCGGUAGCGGGGAGGAGGACCAGAGUGUCGAGCGCAAGGUGCGCGAGUACGUCCCCUGGAUGUGUGCGCACCACGAGGGGUUUGUAAAGGCCUUUAUGUCUUGCGUGCGGUGGGCGCCGCUCACGGGACAGCACGGGACGUGGCGAGUUCUGGGCCAGAGGAAGAAGGGAAGUACUGCGGUUUUUAUCGGGAAGGCGGACGAGAUUAUUGAUAUUGAUCAUUAUGCCAAGGAUGGCUUACCGUUGUUGGGCGGCGAGGAGAAUGUGACGUGGAAGGUCCUCCCUGGGGGCCACGACUUCGUGAUGACCAAGACGGAGGACAUUGUGCGCGAGUUGGAUGCUUUCUGGGGUCUGAAGGUGUAG